AUGGAUCGCAGGCUCAUGCUUGGUUCAGGCGGCGGUCCACAGUGUCAGCGUAUACUGUUCGCUCUUGCCCACUCAGCUAUUGAGGACCAUCAGCCAGAUGGUCCUGACAAGCGCACACCUGAACUUCGUGGUCAUCGCCAUUCUCUGGUGAACGGCGACAUCUGGCAAGGGGUUUGCGGCUUUGACGCCUGGCACCUUUAUUAUACGCUGACGGCAGGACAUAGCGCCGUGCUCAACGUCGGCGAACGAUAG